CCAACAAUUGCUUGACGAGAAUCAUAACAUUAUAUGUCUCCUAAAUGUAAUUUAAAAUGUAAACUUUUCCGUAACAAAAAACAGUCUGGUUUAUUUCCCAAUGCCAAAAAACCUCUUGCGUUUUGCUGAACUUUUAUUUUGACAUCGCAGCAUUGACUUCCCACUCUUGACGUCACGAUGACCGGCACGAGUAGGAUGGAGUAUUUGCCGGACUCUAAUGCCAGAUAUAAGGAUGUGGAUUACUGGAAUGAACGGUACCGGACGGAGGAGAGCUUCGAGUGGUUCGGGGACUUCACUAAAUUUGACCAUCUGCUCAAACAGCACGUGGGAACAGAAGAAAACAUCUUGAUGCUAGGUUGUGGUAACAGUGCUCUGAGCUAUGAUAUGUACCAGGCUGGCUUCACCUCCAUCACUAAUGUGGAUUACUCCAGUGUUUGUGUGGAGAGCAUGGCGGAGAGACACAAGAACUGCGCUCAGCUCAGCUGGCUGUGCAUGGACGCCCGGCGACUGGCCUUCCCUGACGGUGCAUUUGAUGUGGUUUUGGAAAAGGGAACUCUGGAUGCCAUGCUGGUGGAGGAGAGCGACCCCUGGAAGGUCUCCGAGAACGCGGCCCGACUGCUGCACCAGGUUCUCUUGGAGGUCAGUCGUGUUUUGAAACCCGGCGGGCGUUUCAUCUCUGUCACGUUUGCACAGCCGCAUUUUCGUAAGAGACUUUACGCUCGAGCGGAGUAUGACUGGUCUAUCAAGCACUAUCACUAUGGCAGCAGCUUCCACUACUUCCUCUAUGUUCUCACCAAAGGGGAGGAGCUUAGCUCAGAGGAUGCUGCACUGGAGAGGAGACUGCUUGAGGAAGCUGAGGCUCUGCCCACCGAUGUAAGAUUUCAAGAAGUGGAUUCUGAGGACUUCCUGAAUAACAUUGGAUUAUAGGGACUUGUACAACAUCUGUCAAUCAAGAGAAUCCUGACAGAAGUUGUACAUCAAUUUUAGACAUUUUUUUAAGGCUCCUGUUCAAGUUCACCCAAAAAUGUUAAUUACUCUCACAAAUGUUGGUCUACAUUUUAUUUGGAUUAUUUUUCUUCCAUGGAACUAAACAUUAAAAAAUAGUGGUAGUUUUUGGAAUUUGACAUGCUCCGUCUCCAUUUACUUUGUUACAUUUGUGUUCCAGGAAAGAAAGUCGUACAGGUUUUGAAACAACAUAAGGACAGACAUUACAUUUUUGUGUGAACCUAUCUUGUAUAUAUACAUAGGUUUUUUUUUUAGGAUGCUAUGAUGUGAAUUUGUUCUGUGUCUUUUCUUCUCUCUCUCUCUCUCUCUCUCUCUCUCUCUCUCUCUCUGGCCUAUUUCUCUGUGCGAUUGUGUUGAUUGGUAUGACAAGGUUGAGUGUUUGACACCUGCACACUUGUGCAGAGACAAAUCUGUCACAAACGCUUCUCAAACAACAAAUAAACAGACAGACAGAAAACAAACAGCCCUGCUGUGUGCCAGAAUAUGACAGACGUGUCUGCACUCUUUUGGAUGAGGAAUGGCUGCAGUGAAUCGGAGGAGGCCAUUAAUAAACCAGAAAUCAUUUAUUUUUAAUUUAGCUCUGGAAUGUAAUUACCGUCUAUUUUUAAGACUUGAAGAAGGUGCCUGAAUUUCAGAACAGCUUCCUGUGUGCCAGUGUGAAUAUAGAUUGAUUUUUAUUGUAAAUAGAGGAAAGUUAUUCUUGAACCAGGAGAGACCAAAACAUAUUUAAACCCACACUAUGUUGUGGGUGGUUGCCAAGGCGUUACGAGUUCUUUUUAGAAUGUUGCUAGGCAGUUUCUAGGUUGUGUACAGAAAAGGCUCCCCAAAAUUGACAGUUGUAUCACUAAAUAUGGCUUGGGUAAAUCUAUGGGAGUUUUUCAUCCACUUUAUUGUCUUCCAGGUGAAAACCAUGCAUUUGAUUGUAAAAAAAAAAAGCAAUAGUACACCUCUUCUCCGUAACUUGUGCAAUUUGAGGAACUCUUUAUAUCCACGUGACUUACACACCCAUAUUAAAACUAAGGCGAUGGGUUUUGGAGCCCUAACUCUACAAAAGUAAUAGUGAGCAUGUACCAUUAAAUAGCAGCGGUUCAUAUACCGGUAGCAGUUUCAUAAACUUUUAGUUCAGUGUUGAUUGUGUCCAGAUUGAAUGUGUUAUCUGUGAAAGCUGAUGAUGUAGUCACAGGUCUUUCCCCUUCACUGAAGCACUAAGCAAUGACGUCAGGGCAGGGACGGUAUCAGAUGGAUGCUGGUAUCAGGUGAGCCGCACGUAUCGGGUGUAGAUUUAUUCUGUGAUCGUAUCCUCACGACAUGCUGUGUGGCGGUUCUUCAGGAACCAAGUGCUGCCUAAACACCAUGAAGCUGCCGCAGAGAACCGGAGACCCUGAUUAGUCUAAUGGCUGGUUAUGUGUUGUUUACCCCCUCGCAAUGCAAACCCACACGCAAGCUUUACUUCAUAUUGACAUUUAAGACGAUGAUAUUCAAUAAUGUACUUUUAAAUAAUUGAUUAGGAGUAAUUUCAGAAGUGCUCUUGUGAGAUAUUUUCUGAGCUGUUGUCCUGUCUUGGUGAAGAACUGGAAGAGUUCUUGUGUGGUAUUCAGCAGUUUGAUUUUGUAUGCUAUGGACAGUUAGGGUUAGAUUUAUUGACAGCAAUGCUGCCUUGUUUGAAAAGCCUUGAGGUUUAAUUAAUAUGGAUGGAAGGAUGGAUAGACGGAUGGACUGAUGGAUGGAUAGACGGAUAGACUGAUAGAUGAAUGGAUAAACGGAUAGAUAGAUGGAUGGAUAGAUGAACAGGUGGAUGGAUGGUUAGUUGGAUGGAUAGAUUGCAAAUAGAUGGUUGGACAGACAGACAGACAGACAGACAGACAGACAGACAGACAGACAGACAGACAGAUAGAUAGAUAGAUAGAUAGAUAGAUAGAUAGGCAGGUAGAAGGACAGACAGACGGUGAAUAAUUAAAAAAAUAGCUGGAUAUCUAUCUAUUUGUCUAUACUAAAAUUCCCACUCAUCAUGAAUCAAAAGUGAGCCUGCUCUUUAAUUCAGAUUUAUGCCCAGAGCUGCUUUUUAAUGGUUGUCAAUAGAGAAUGAAGCUUUCUAGGUCCAGAUGGUGUAGUUACGACAUCUACCAGCAGGGGCUAACCAGAGGGGAUAACCUGGCAAACCUUGACCCCACUGGUGCAUCCUUGCCUCUAGUUUACAGACAGAUCCUUUUCAUGAGUCACUGUUACCGCACACACAAGAAGAGAGUCAAAAUUGACCAUUUGACCAUUCGAUAUCAUUAAUCAAAGACUGUUCAUCAUAGCUCAUGUUUCUGUUCUGAGAAGGGGGAGGGGUCAGGACACACCAUUACAUCAUCAUCCAGCAGCGGCAGCAACAACAGGCCAGGGGUAUUGAUAGCAGACACAUAAACCCCUGCUCACAGCCAGCCAGCUCCACUGACAACGUUAGGGUAAACAUUGCACUAAGCUGCUUUACGCACAGAGACGUGUGAAUGUGUGUGAGAUUGGUCACUACUGUUCGUAAGGUUAAAACAGUGACAUUUUUGGAGCAGCACUGCAAAAUACAAUUGACUGAUUUUAUUCAUUUAAAACAAAUGGUUUAGCUAACUCUGUUAUCCGUAUAGCAUCUCUCUGUUAUGUUCAGGGUUAUUUUAUGAGUUGAAAGUUUAAAUAAAAUUACUGAAUUAAAUUGCAAUUUAAAUUUUGACCAAUGCAGUUUUUUUAAAUCUCUAGAGUCCUAGGUCAUGUUAUACUUAUAAAUAAAUAGUAUGCCUUAAUGAUAACAAAUUUAAUGUUUACAUAUUAACAGUAUGUAAUUUUACACGUUUACAUUGUUUUUUUUUUUUUAAGUGUUUUGGAACUGCAUAAGCUUCUAUAACAUUUACCAGUUUCUGAUGGCACCUUUUUUAUAUGCAAAAUAUGAUAUAUCAGUUUGUCACUGUAUUUAAAAGAAAUUUGGUGAAAACAAAUUUUUGGCAAUUUGUUUGCUUUUAAUGUGGUUUGCACAUGUUGUUCUGGGUCUGGUUUUGGAUGGAUGGAUGGAUGGAUAAACAGAUUUUUGAUGCAUGAAUUUGCAGCUUACUUGAAUUGGUGUUUUUCAAACUUGUGCUCCAGGUUGAAUGGCAAUUGCAAUUCAUUCAGUAUCUCUUUCUGUCAUUUCCAAUUUAGCAUCCUUAAUGGUGUGGCCAGUUCAAUUUAAAUUCGAUUGCUUUAUAUAUUCAGUGUAGUUGACUUUUUCAGGUAGUUCCUGUUGUAGUAGUGUAACAUGCAAAAUUUAAUUUUGAGCUGCAGACUCUGGAACAACAUCUGGAACAACCUAUUCAUAUUCCAUGAGCUUCUCCUAAACUCAAAGCAAAAUGAAAGGAUGAAUGUCAAGUCCCAAGCCAAUCCCAAACAUGAUUAGUUGAAUAUUGUGCUACAACCAACCAGGAUGUAUAUCCAGGAUCAUAUCCUGCUUGUCCUUGGAUAAUCAGAGCCACACUGAGCCAUGCGGUCAAGGAGAAUCUGGUUUGCAACAUUUCCAGAUGCUAUUCAACCGUCUUUUGCGGAUCAGUUCAUGUCCUCUCUUUGAUCCUUUUUAAUAGUAUGAAAAAUGAUUAUUUGGUUUGGCAGUAUGAUACUGACAUCAUUUUCUCAUUACUAACGAUUCAGAUCAAAGUAGCACCAACAAACUUGGAUGAAUCAAGGAAUCAAUGCUUUUAAAUCAAAUGUCUUUCUCUCGUGCUUUUCAUUUCUUCCGGCUGAGAGCUCAUUCUUUAAGAAUCUUAGAAUGUCAUCUCUCCCUCUUUCUUCCGUUAUCACGCAGUCAUUAUCUGCUGAGAGUUGGGCUUUCCAUAUUGGGUCAGGCCACAGCGUCGCUCAGUCACUCCAGAGCCGCCGCGGGCCGGCUGUCUGUUCAGAUAGUGUAUCAGUAAUCUCCAGCUCUGAGCAGCCUGUGUGAAGCGCUAAGGAUUCCCCUGGGCAUUGGAGCCGUUCAGGAACACUGCAACAGCCAUGAAGGUGUAUUAAUAGACUGAGAUGGUGAAGCUGAGUGUCCUUGACUGCGCUUGAGUGACUGUCUGAUGGACUUUCUGCCGUGCACGGACCUCGUCGAGUCUUGAGAAGAAACGCACAGAUGUCAGGUAGCUGCUGAGGUUAAACUGCCAUUGAACAAUCGAAAAAAAUCGUUUGACAAUUUUAGUGGACAAACUUGAGCUUGGGUCAACUGGAGUUACAGAACAUUAUCAGGAUCGGAUGAGUAUCGGAGUUUAAAUUGAUUUAGGUAAGCCUGACUUGUUUCCAGAUGGAUCCUGAGCCUCAUUGAACACAUCGGACAUUGCUGACCCAAAGCCCACUCAUGGCCGCAUGGCGGCACAGAUCACGGAUAAAAGCCAUCGAUUCUCUUGUGGCUGAAACGCACACACGUUGUAUUGGAGAUGUGUGUCUGACUGUGUGUGAAGGAAAACAUCAAUAUUGCUGUAAAAUCUAACUGCAUUUCAGAGUGUUCCGAGUAAACAGGAAGCAGCGUGUGGCUUUAUCCAAGCUCUUUAGAAACAAUAUUCAACUUAAAUGAACAACCUCGAUAGAAAAAAGUCUCGAAAUCAACUUACUUCUUCAUUGUGUUUUUACUUGUCUGCUUACUGACUAGCUCGAUGUUAAGGUGCCACAUAUUCCUUUACAGGGAAAGUUAACCUCAAAAUGAACAUAUGCUAUUGUUUACUCACCCUCACCUCAGACUUUCUUUCUUUAGCAAAACGCAAAAAGAAGAUAUUUUUGAAGCACAUUGGGGUCCAAACUACAUUACACCCAGUUGACUUAUUGAAUGGAAUAAACCACCAGCCCAAACCUUUUUGACCUUCUUUCUUCUGCAUAGCAUUAAAAAAAACAAGAUUUUUUUGAGAACAAACAACACGAGACCCCAUUGAUUUCGCUGUAUGCACAAAAAGUUACAGUUUGGUGCUGAAGCCGUGCGGAAGGAACAUUCAGCUUAAAUGACCUCACCAGAGAAAACAACAUUGUUUGCACCUGGUUUAGCUGGGUGUUUUAUGUGCAUCUUUUUUAGCAUGAGUUUAUAUUAAAGGGAAAGUUCACCCCAAAACCUGUCAUCAUUUUCUUACCCUUCUUGCUCCAAAUCUGCAUGACCUCCUUUUUUCUGCAAGUCACAAAAACAAAAUUGGACCCAAAUGACUUUCAUUGUAUGCAUUUUUUUUUGUAUGCAAAAAAAAACACUUUUCAAAAUAUCUUCUUUUGUGGUUUUGUGCUUCGCAGAAGAAAGCAAGCCAUUGUUUUCAACAACACUGCAUUUUCUAAAUUGCAUCUAAUUGUAUUUAAAAUCAUAAAACACUGGUCUGAAUUGAAUCAACAUUAAACUGACUUGAAUUUAACAACGACAUUGCUGGCUUUUGCAGAAUCUAAGAUUCAUUUUAUCUGAACUGAACCAACGCUCAACUAACUUCAGAUAAAUUACAAGAACUAAUAUCUUUUAGAGCUGCUUUGCAGCAUAACCUGAAUUGCCUCCAUAGCCGUUUGUCAUUUCCUGUUUACCUUUGUGCAUCUGCUUUGACAUAAUCUGUAUUGUAAUAAAGAUGGCUCAACUUAAUUUUGGGGUAUACUCUCCCUUUCAAGAUUUCAAGAACACCAAAUCUCAAAGAUCCAUCUUCCGAUAUCUAGUUUAUAUUAUAAGUGCAGAAGAUCCUUCGGUAAAAGUAGUAGCGCGGCUCAAAGCUCUCAUAGGAUCUUAUGCCACAAGAACAAUCUCUGUGUCAUGACUGUGAGCUUAGCCUAGUGUAAUUACAUGGCCAUCAGAGCUGGUGCCAAACUUCGCUGUCCUUUGGGAAGUACAGGUCUGGAGUGCACUAGCGCUCUCUUCAUAGCUUCAUCCAGCACUAAAGAUCUGUGAGGAGAUGACAGGCUGAAAGAAGAUUGCAUUUCUCUCACUGGGCUCCAAAGCAAGAUGCAACUAUCCUGACGUGAAUUAUAUUAAAACAUUAAAAUAUCAUUAGACGACAACAGCUUGAUCUGGCCGUUUAAAGCCGCUCAGGUGUAUUUUAAAAUGUCACCAUACUUGUUUCAUCAUUUGAUGGAUAGCAUUUGUGUCUUGUUUACUAGCAUAGGCCUACUGUAAAUGCAGAUGGGUUCACCAGCUGGCUGUGCGUGUGUUGUGAUGAUCUCAGAAUCAAUAUUUGUGUCAGACUUGUUUACUCCUCUGUGAUCUAGCCAAAUGAUGACAGAAACGCACAUUUAUAUGUUCUUCCACCAUUUAUUAGUUCACCAAAUACAGUGAAAAUGGUAUUUUAAUAUGCAAUGAUUCAUUCUUAGAAUGUCAUGACAUUUUUGUUGCUUUUUUUUGCUUAAUAAAACGAUGUUCCAUUAUUGAAAAGUAUUAAGGUUUCAUGCACAACAAACCAUAGUCAGUUUCUUUAGAAUAAUGGUACAAAACAAAGCAAAAAAAAAAAAAAUCAAAUCAAAUCAAAUGAAAUCAACAAAAAGAAACGUAAUGUCCAAAAACCUGUCAAAUAACAAGAAGUUAUUUGAAGAUAUUCGUAAACAGUGCAGUAGAUUUCUAAUAUCGCCAUUUUUCUAACAAAUUCAUCAACAAAGCUCAAGUCACAGUUUACGAUUUCCAUAUAACAGUAGUUCAACACAGAUGUGUGUGUGCAAAAAACCCGAGAAACAUUCAUUCAUCAAGUCUUUUUUUUUUUUUUU